ACUCCUGUGGGGGUGGUAAAAUGACCGCUUAAAAAGGGGAAAGAGUUGCAUUAAAAGUUAAAAAUCGAGUUACAUCGCCAAAACAGCCAAAAGCAGUUGUUUUACUGGAGCCUAAAAACUCACUUUACUCUUUUUUAGCCACCAAGGACGUCAGCUACACGGUAGGAGGAGCUAGCAGCGUGUUUCCGCUCAGCCGCGGUAUAAUCUAUGCAGCCGUACUAAGAAUCGCAACGGCCAAACACUUGGCAGCUAAUACAGGAAACUGUUCAAGUUUCAUUCGUUUAAUCUUCGCUGUGUUGUCGCUGUCGCAUCAUUGAGGAGAACAAAAAGACUGUCCGCUGGAUCGUAAGCAAUGGAAGCCGAAUUUUUAGAAAUCGAUGAAAACGGGAGUUGGAACGCCAUUUAUCAGGAGAUUCGGCAACAAUCGUGUGAACUUCCCUGUAAGAUCGCCAAGUUACCCGAAAACAAGAAUCGGAACCGUUACAGAGAUGUCAGCCCCUUUGACCACAGCAGAAUAUGCCUGCAGCUGGGUGCAAAUGACUACAUCAACGCCAGCCUAAUAACAGUUGAAGAGGCACAGAGGAACUAUAUUCUUACUCAGGGACCCCUUCCAAGUACAUGUGGUCACUUCUGGGAGAUGGUGUGGGAGCAGAGGAGCCGUGGCGUGGUGAUGCUGAACCGAGUCAUCGAGAAAGGAUCUAUUAAAUGCGCCCAGUAUUGGCCCUACAAAGAGGAGAAAGAUGCGAUCUUUGAAGACACCAACUUCAAGCUGACGCUUGUCUCAGAGGACGUCAAGUCUUAUUACACAAUCCGUCAGCUGGAGUUAGAAAACCUGUCGACUCAGGAGACGCGGGAGAUUCUACAUUUUCACUACACCACCUGGCCAGACUUUGGGGUACCAGAAUCUCCCGCCUCUUUCUUAAACUUCCUGUUCAAGGUGAGGGAGUCCGGCUGUCUGAAUUCCGACCAGGGACCAGUGGUGGUGCACUGCAGCGCUGGCAUUGGGCGCUCUGGGACCUUCUGUCUCGUGGACACCUGCCUCUUGUUGAUGUCUCUUCGUAAGGACCCAUCCUCUGUGCGUAUUCGCGACGUGCUGCUCGAGAUGCGUCGCUAUCGAAUGGGCUUGAUACAAACUGCAGAUCAGCUUCGCUUUUCUUACCUGGCUGUAAUAGAAGGUGCCAAGUACAUCAAAGGGGAUGUAUCUCUGCAGGAGUCGUGGAAAGAGCUCUCAAAUGAGGAAGACGACCCUCCAGAGUUCACACCUCCCCCUCCUCUUCCUCCUCCGAGGGACCCUUACAACGGGAAAACCGGGAGGUCCUUUUUCCCUGAACAUGUAGAGAUCAUCCCUGAGAUGAGGAUUCCCACUCUUGGGUUGUCACGAGACGGAGAUGUUCGCAAGAGGAACAUAGCUGACCCCCAGCCCCCUUCAGGCGGUGAUGAUCUGCCGGAUGUGGAAGAAGCUCCCUCCAAGCCUUUAAGGAAACCCCAUCAGCAGUGGGAGGAAGGGGAGCAGGAGCUGCCUGAAGUGCAGGAGCAGCCAACAGGAAAGUCUCCUGCCCCGGGGAACUGGUCCCCUCUUCUAACCAACGUGUGCCUGUGCACGGCGCUGGCCCUCAGUGCUUACGUUUGGUAUCGAGCCUAUUUCCACUGAUGUCUGUCCGCCCUCUUCUGAUUUACUCCUGUUAUUCCACCGUCGCCACAAAAAUGGACUCGGAUGGCCAACCGGCAUUCUUUGACUCUGCAGCCGGGUGGAUGCUGGCAUUCGGGAGAUUCAGGUUCAGCUGUUUUUUAAUUGUUUGAAUGCGUUGUGGGACGAGGCUGGCCGCCACCCACAAUUUACCCAAACCUUCUUUCCGUACGCCAUCUUAGGUGCUCAGGGCCUCACUUUUUUCAGGUGCCACAUCGCCAAACACGUGUACAGACCUACACACGGACUCGAAACGCAUCGCGAUGUUUUCGGAACCACGUUUGUGAAGCCGGAGCUUUACAAACCAGAAAAACGGCUUCUGUCCUUCAAAAAUGCAUCUCUGCUUAGUUACCAAAAUGACACCUGAAUGUGUUCUUUGAUUUUUUUUUUUUUUCCAUCUUUAAAUCAUGUUAUACAGAUUUUAUUCCUGUGCUUGCAUAAAUCAAACGGUAAACUCUGAUAUUUUAUUUUUUGACAAGACGCUGUGACUAAAUGCUCGUGGGAAGCUCAACUUUGAUUGUAGGUCAACCCGACGCUGAGAGGAGAGAUGCGCCCGGCGGAUGGCAAGCAGGCGUGGGCGCUGUUCUCCGCCCCCGCUGGAGGCCUGUGUUUGACCGACUGAGUACAUAUGGUGUGUGUGUGUGUGUGUGUUUGUGUACAUUUGAGCGUCAUGUAAAUUUAACCUGCUCAGUAAAAAAUAUUAAUGCAUUAGUGGCAGUUAGUCAGAUGUGAGCUCCAGAUGGGACAGGCUCUGUUUUUUGUUUUUGGUUUGGAGGAGGGCGUUGAUCUGUGAUUUCUACCUUUGGAAAUGCAUCAGUGUUAUGCGAAUCAGAAAAGUAGUGACAUGGAGCUUUGAUAAAAGAGACACCGCCCUCCCCGUCGCCUUUUGCCUGGAUCGAACCCAGGAGGCGUCAGACGAAUGUUGAAAACUGUUUUGAAUCUGUGCAGCUUCUGAGAUGAUAUGACUUUUCAAAGGAACACAUGCCCUCCUCCAUUUGUUAGCAAUAAAAUAAAAAUGAAAAAGUAGUCAGCAUGUAGUAAUAAACGUAUCCCCCCUUUACGUUGUUAGAGAGGGUUGGAGCAGAAAUUACAAAUAAUCCCAAAAAAAA